AUGGUCAGGAACCCCCAACAGACACUUGCCGGAAAGGUUGCCGUGGUGAGCGGCGCUUCCUCAGGCAUCGGAGCUGCUAUAGCUCAAGAGUUAUCUCACAGAGGCGCUUCAGUAGUCAUCAACUACCCUUGGCCGGAACAUAAGAAGGCGGCCGAGGAUGUUCGUUCGUCUUUGACUUGCGAUGCCAGAAUCGUUGAGGCAGAUCUGUCCACCGUCGACGGACCCAACAUGCUCAUCGAUGCCACAAUCAAGGAGUUUGGGAGACUCGAUAUCCUCGUUAACAAUGCGGGUAUAGCUUACCCAACCCGGAUUGAUGAGCCGUCUAUCGAACAAGUCCUGAAAGACUGGGAUCGCAUCGUCACUCUCAAUGGACGAGGUACUCUGCUCCUUACACGAGCGGCACUUCCUGUCCUAUCCGGCCAACACUCACGCAUCAUAAAUAUCUCGAGCGAGUCAACACGAUCCCCUGAGCCGCAGAUGACCAUAUACACCGGGACAAAAGGCAUGAUAGAGACGUUUACACGGUGUUGGGCAAAGGAACUGCCACGGCAAUACGGCUGCACGGUCAAUUCCGUUGCACCUGGCCCAAUUGCUACGGACGCCAUGUUGUCGGCACCAAAGGAUUUCCUUGAUAUGGUUUACAAGCAAUCGGAAAGGAACCCGGUGGCAAGCCGGCUUGGGGCACCCGAGGAGGUUGCUGCUGCAGUGGCGAUGCUGUGCGAGGAGCAGGCAGAUUGGAUCAACGGUGCCUAUAUCCCAGUUGGAGGUGGAAUGGUGAUGACAUGA